CGUGUGCUUCCACAUGAUUUUACCGGGUUAAGAGUCAUUCAGAAAAUCUAAACAUUACAGCGCUCUGUUACAUUUAAACUCUGAAGACUGUGACUUUUAAAAGCGGUGGAUUGUUAAGAUGUGCUGCAUUGUGUUCGUAUCUAUCUGAAUAUCUUUAACGUUGCGAAAAUGUCGGCAGAAGCAAAUUCAGAAACUAAUUCUCAGGAUGGAGAUGGCAAAGUCAGCAGGGUAAUUCGCAUUGGAACAAGGAAAAGCCAGCUGGCUCGCAUUCAAACCGACAGUGUUGCUGAGAAACUGAAAGAGUUAUACCCCGACGUGCACUUGGAAAUAGUGGCUAUGUCAACAACAGGUGACAAAAUACUUGACACAGCUUUAUCAAAGAUAGGUGAAAAGAGUCUCUUCACAAAGGAGUUGGAGAAUGCUUUGGAAAGAAAUGAGGUAGACCUGGUUGUGCACUCUUUGAAAGAUUUACCCACGGUUCUUCCUCUGGGUUUUACAAUAGGAGCUGUGCUCAAGCGAGAAAAUCCACAAGAUGCAGUAGUUUUGCACCCCAAACAUGCAGGGAAAUCUCUGGAUUUACUACCAAACAAGAGUAUCAUAGGCACCAGUUCCCUUCGCCGGGCUGCACAGUUAAAGAAAAGAUUUCCUCACCUGGAGUUUAAGGAUAUUAGAGGUAAUCUCAACACUCGACUGAAGAAGUUGGAUGAGAAUAAUGACUUCUCUGCCAUCAUCCUGGCUGCAGCUGGUCUUCAGAGAAUGGGUUGGGAAACCCGUAUUAGUCAGGUCCUUGGUCCUGAAGAUUGCAUGUAUGCCGUUGGACAGGGGGCUCUGGCUGUGGAGGUGAGGGCACGAGAUCAGGACAUUCUGGAGAUGGUGUCAGUGCUGCAUGAUCCCGACACAGUGCUGCGCUGCAUCGCAGAGAGAGCUUUUCUCAGACACCUGGAAGGAGGGUGCAGCGUUCCAGUUGCUGUUCACACAGAAGUAAAGAAUUCCCAGCUCUAUCUAACUGGAGCAGUUUACAGUUUAGAUGGCUCGGAUAGUCUGAAGGAGACAAUGCAGACCAGCAUUGCUUUAGACAGUCAGGAGCAGGAGCAGGUUGAUGAGAAAGUUCAGCGUGUGGGGAUUACAGCACUGAAAGUCUCAGGAGCUGCUCAGGAUGCUGCAGAGAGGCUAGGAGUGGACCUCGCCAAUCUGCUGCUGAGUAAAGGGGCCAAAGAGAUUCUGACAGUAGCCAGACAGCUCAAUGAUGCACGGUAGUUUCAUUUAUAUUCCACCAUGCAGUGUUGAAGUAUGAAUGGCACAAUUAAACUCUGUAUAUGCUUUUCAUACAUCAUAAUAUCUUUACAAAUGCAUUUACUACUUCAGUGAUGAUUGUCAUACACCUACUUGACCUGCAUACUCAGUUCUAAGGUGAAAUAUUCAUCAUAACUCAUGUCCUGUGCCAAGUACCAGUCACUGAUGAGAAAAUUCAGACUUGUAGUAUUGCUGUUUUGAGAUUUACAGGUUUAAACGAUAAUCAUUUUAUACCUGCUGCUGAGACGCUGAUAAGCAACAGCAUGUUUCAGCAUGCCUGUACCAUUUCUUACAACCUUAUGAUAGCUAGAUGCCUAAGAAGACUUCUUUUUACCUCAGCAGUCUUUUAGAGCCUAAAUGUUUUGUAUUUAUUGAUCCUGCUGAAUGUAUGUUCUACAUUACUUUCUUUCUCAGUAGACACAAAAUACAGUGAGUCCUGUUACAUGGUAGUUUUUUUUAUUUAUUUCACACAAUACAUACUUAAAUGAAACUUGAAUUAUGUUUAUUUCAUUAUUGUCAUUGUUUAUUGUAUCUUCCACAUAUAAGCAUUGCCUACAUACCACUUGUACACUGGUUCCAAGCACUUGUGUAAUAAUUCCUAAUUGAAUCAUUUCAACCAAAUACUAUGAAAUGUACUUUAAAAUCAUAAAACUAACAUUAUUUUAUUUUUUAUUACUUUUAAUGUUUUAACAGACAUUUGUUCAUAACAGACAUGAAAACAUCAUUUGCCUUGUUGUCUUGGUUUAUUGCUGCAUUAAUCUUCCCUUUUAUGAUUAAACUUAGUCUUUUUUCACAACCA